AUGUCCACACCAACUAUUGUGGUAGUUGUACGCUCCUACUCGACAUCUUUUUCAAAGGAUACUCCUAAAAUUGACUUUGAUUAUUCCGAUGAACUUCAUCUCUAUGUGGUUUCCAGUUUAAGUCCUUUUAAACAAUAUGUGUCUAACAUAUUAACUACAAACCCGGAUCAGAAGAAAGUCUUUAUUACGGAUUUUUGCGGGUAUGAAGAUUAUUUCGCGACCAUGCAGUUUGUAUCCUCCCUUGUAGAUAGAGAAACAAUUGUCAAGACAUCAAAUUCAAUUUUCCCAGUCGCACAUGCCUAUUAUAAUAAGAAUGACAAUAGUAGCACUUUUGAACCAGGCCAAUUUGAAUUCCCCUUACCAUUUGAAUUGAUAACGUUAUGUCCAGAUUCGCAAUUCCACAAUCUUCUCUCCCAUGCCAGUAUCCAGGCACAACAAAUUCUUCGAGUAAUCACGUUGGCUCAUGGAGGACUGCUUGUUUGCAUGGAUUCAGAUGAAAUUAAAAAACGGUUGAGUUCCGUAGAUGGGUUGAAGAUCUUAUUAUCACAAAUCUUUUAUGGGAAGAGCGUAAACGAUGUGACAACAUUCCCACAACCAAUACCUGUGUUUGAUACAAAGACAUCAAUUCGACUUUUAUUCCCCGCUGGAUGGGAUUCAUGGAGUAAGAUAAAGUUACUUACCACCUCUAAAAUUUACCAAGAAAGUACACAACGACUUCUUCGUAAAGAUGAAGAUUUCCAAGAAUUGCUAGAUCUAUAUGGCCAGGUAAUUCAGAGUGAUGAGUCACUGCAGGAAAAAAUGUUUCUGCAAUUACUUAGUUAUCUAUCAUCACAAUCCCAAACUAUUUCCACUCAAGAUACUUCUAAUGAAGAAAUAGCGACUUCCAAAACUCUUAGUGACUUUUUAAAGGAGAUUACAACUUGA